UUCACUUUUAUCUUUGAAUGCCAUACCCCAACUGUCGCUUGCAUUUACCAGAGCGUUCUUCCAUCACAACCUUGUUUUCAAUCCACCAUGAUUUCCAAGGAAGAGAAAUUCGCUUGCGAAAGCUGCAUCCGUGGCCAUCGUGUUGCUCAAUGUCAGCAUACAGGUGAGUAUGACAUCUUUAAUUAAUCUGGAUGGUAGAACCACCUACUGUACGCUGCCGUAGCUGACGUCAAGACGUGUAAUGAGACCGCCCACUUCUACGGGUCAGUAGAAAGGGCCGCCCAAUAUCGCAAUGCACUCACUGCCGCUCCCUGCGCGCCUCGCGAUCUGUUCACACGAAGUGCAAAUGCGCAUCAACAUCGCACCAGGUCAUGUUGAAGCAAUUCGGAAGAGAACGAUGCGCCUGUUCAGAGGGCGGCGCAUGCAAAUGUGCAUACAAGAGUGAUCGAGGAGCUACAAACGACAUUCUCUCAGUACCAUCCAGACGCGAAAGCUCUACACCAUCUACAGCCUUAUCUCCUCCCGGAUUCGAGCCUAAACCUUUAGAACUUGCUCCCCUCCCGCUUCGAUCAACCUCUACCGAGAGACUGGCGCCAGCUCACUGUAGCGCCGAAAGCGCCGGCUCAAUUUUGGGAUCGAGUCUUCCGAGCGUGAACAACUGGCCCUUAGACGAUAUCCCUAUCGCAUGGACGACUCCAUUAGAGAGUUACUUGCCUGAUUCUGUGCUUUCUGAUAUACAUGAUCCGACAGGAACUGGGGAUUCAGUUCCAAAUAUGGGCGCAAUCGAGCAAGCUCAGAUGAGUAGGCCGACGUUCGAUGAUCCGUUAUCGACCGUAGAUAUUCUUGGCCUGGGCGAUCUCUUCAUUGAACCCGAUGCUGGUCAAAUGCUUUCGUUGGAUAAUUCGAAUCUGUUAGACUUUCAAACGAUGACCUGUUACGAUCAUGGACAGUGGUUCGAUAACUAUGACUUUAUGAAUUCCUGAUGUUCUUCGCUGAUUAGUCUAGUCCAAUCCAGAGGCUAUGAUCACAUUCUGAAAUAACUAGUGUAUCACGAGAUAGAAGGCGCGACAGGUUCAGUAGCUUAAAUCAAUAUCAAGUCGUUGAGUCUCUACUGCUAAUCACUAAGAAAUUAGCUACACUACCAUUUCAAUAUUGCCCUCUGACUUCAAUUCUCUGUCACCUGUAAUAACCUUGCCAG